CCCUCCUCCAGCCCCUAUCCCGACAGAGGAACUCAUACAUGCUUCAGGACAGUGAAGUGGAGCGUUAUUGCCAGCUCUUUAGCCAAUACAUUCAAAGCGAAAAAGGUCUCUGCUACUUUGUUUGAGAAAGAUUUUGCCACCUGAUUUUAGAGCUGUCGUGUGGAAGUGUGUGUGCAUGCAUAUCUGUGGAAUAGACUACGGUGUGUACGAGACUGUCCAGGAGUGCGCGCGUGUCCACCAAACAGGUGACCCUUGUUUAUGGUCGAACCGACAUUUGACGUUACAUAACCCCUGUUUGUGGACAAUGAUUGCAGUCCACCGGAAAAUACAUCUAUUGCUUGUUUUCCUUCAAGAGCACGUUUGAAGACAGAAUAGUGGACACGCAGUAGCCUGUUAUUUCCCCUGGACAGCUCUGAAGCCUCAAUCAUCAUCCAAGUGCUCGAUAACAGCGUCCUGGAACGUACCUCCCAGUUCUAUUUUGCCAAAGUGAUAUUGCUCUCUCGUUUACUCUGAAAAGAACACCAUUGGAUUUGUGUAUUAAAUGUACGGGAUCCAGGAGCAUCUGAUAAGAGACGUCAGCGGAUUAAAAGAAAGAACUCUGGGAGAAGAGAUGGAUCCGGUCCGGUCCUGGGUGCGUAAUGUCGGUGUUGUGGAUGCUAACGUAGCAGCGCAAAGUGGUGUAGCUCUCUCCAGGGCCCACUUUGAGAAGCAGCCCCCCUCUAACCUGCGCAAGUCCAACUUCUUCCACUUUGUCCUGGCACUCUAUGACAGACACGGACAGCCUGUAGAGGUGGAGAGGACUUCCUUCGUGGACUUUGUAGAACAGGACAAGGAGCAGACGGGAGAAAAGACCAACAACGGCACGCACUACAAGAUACAGCUCCUCUACAGCAAUGGGGUUCGUACAGAACAGGAUCUUUAUGCACGACUUAUUGACUCAGUCACUAAACAGCCCAUAGCAUAUGAGGGACAGAACAAGAAUCCUGAAAUGUGCCGUGUUCUGCUCACUCACGAGGUUAUGUGCAGUCGCUGUUGUGAGAAGAAAAGCUGUGGAAACCGCAACGAGACGCCCUCUGACCCGGUCAUCAUUGACAGAUUCUUCUUGAAGUUUUUCCUGAAGUGUAACCAAAAUUGUCUGAAGACAGCAGGGAACCCAAGGGACAUGAGGAGAUUUCAGGUGGUCCUGUCCAGCACUGUGAGUGUAGACGGACAUGUCUUAGCUGUGUCUGACAACAUGUUUGUCCACAACAACUCCAAACACGGCCGGAGAGCCCGCAGGCUGGAGCCGGGAGAGUCGGUGGAGAACGGCAUGGAAUAUGCCACCCCCUGUAUCAAAGCCAUCAGCCCCAGUGAGGGCUGGACCACGGGCGGGGCCAUGGUCAUUGUGAUCGGGGAGAACUUCUUUGACGGGCUGCAGGUGGUGUUCGGCAGCAUGCUGGUGUGGAGCGAGUUGAUCACGCCCCACGCCAUCCGUGUCCAGACGCCCCCUCGCCACAUCCCAGGGGUCGUGGAGGUCACGCUCUCCUACAAAUCUAAACAGUUCUGCAAGGGGACACCUGGGCGCUUCAUCUACACAGCGCUGAAUGAACCCACAAUAGACUACGGUUUCCAGAGACUUCAGAAGGUCAUCCCCAGACAUCCUGGUGACCCUGACAAACUGGCCAAGGAGAUGCUACUGAAGAGAGCAGCUGAUCUGGUAGAGGCCUUGUAUGGAAACCCACACAGUAAUCAGGACAUGUUGCUGAAGCGUGCAGCGGACAUUGCUGAGGCCCUGUACAGUGUUCCCCGUCCCCACAGCCAGCUGCAGGCCCUGCCUAGUUCCCCAGCCCAUGGCAGCGUCAUGGGCCUAGGCUCAUACCCCUCCCAGCUGGGGGUCGGCAUCGGAGAGCCAGGACAAACCAGCCAGGGUUAUAUUCGUAACUCCAGCAGUUUGUCUCCACGGGGAUACCCCUCUGCCUCCACCCCUCAGCAGUCGGGCUAUGGGGGAGGUGGAGGUAUGAGUGGCGGGUAUGGGGCAGUGCCCAUGACUAGUCUUGGGGUGCCAGGAUCCCCUGGUUUUAGCAGUGCCUCCCCCACUGGUUCUCCCUAUGGCAUAAUGCCAUCUAGUCCCACCAUCCCGGGUUCCAGCUCCUCCUCCUCCCUCCUGCCAUUCUCCUCCUUCCCGUCCUCAGCCAAACAGAAGAGUGCCUUUGCUCCCGUCCUCCGGCCCCAGGGAUCCUCCUCUCCUGCCUGCCCAGCCUCAGGAGGCAACAGCUUCAGAGAUUAUUACUAUUCUCUUUCUCUAUAGCGAUGACCGGCCUGGUAGUUCCCCCGAUGUAGCAGCACUCCACCACCUCCCAUCCACCAUCUACAAACCAGACGAGACCAGACCACUGCUCCAACACUGCCACCCCCUGCAGGCACUGACAGGGCAGGGAUGCUGAUGGAACACACACUCAACCACCCACAACUAUCCUCACUGAUGCCCUGCCACUAGUUCAGCCCAUGUAUCAUUCAUCUGGAUGAAAGGGAUGGGAUAGAAAGAGUCCAAAGACCAGCCAGUCACUCCAGAUGCAGACAGAAGACCUCUUCGUCUGUAGUAGCUGCAAAGACAUGAGACUUUCUUGGGCCACACCACGACACAGUGGAGCCCUAUGGGGUGUACUAUGGGUGUCUCUGUAUUUUCAAAGGAAAGCAGAAGUCAGCGUCAAGAUGCCUUCACGAGCUUCAAAAGCACUCAUACCACCCAACGCUACAGCCUUAUGCAGCAUUUGGUUCUUCCAACAACACCUACCCCAAACUGAUCAACCUCUUGGCUAGUGGAGGUGUGCUAGAAGAAUAUGUCUGUUGAUGAUUUGUUGUUAGAGCACUGAACUGAAUGGACAAAGGACAACUCUGAUACUCUGUGCCGAAACUCAAUGAACCAGGGUGAUAUUUGUCUCUAAGGACACUGUCACAGGCAUGUGAAGACUCCAAGGUUUUUGUAGUAGACUUUUUGAAGGUGAUUUACAUUCCAGAAUGAUAGACCAUUUUUGUUCUCAUCUCCACGAUUUUACAAGGGCAAAUUCUUUGUCCUCCAGUGUUGGUAAUAAAAAGUAAAAAAGUAAUUCAUAUAUUGAUUUAUUUAAGAAGAAAAAAACAAGCAAUUUAACUUAUUAUUACAUUUAGUUUAGGGAAUAAUAUAAACGUGUUUUAAUUCCUUUUUUGCAAUUGUUAUAAAUAUGAUUAUCUCUAUCUUGUCAUUAUACUUGUUUUUAUUGAAAUCUUUGAGGGUUUUAUUAGACAUGACUGUUGGUUCAUAAGUAAGAGAGAAGGAAGUAGUACUCCAAUGUUUAUUUGAAAUAAAGUCCUUGGGCAAUACUCUUUUCCUGGUUUGUCACAUAACAAAAUGGAACCGUUAUGUCCAAUGUCAAAGAAAGCAAAUUACCUUGCUGUUCUCUAUAAAGGAAAACUAGUUAGCAUAUAUUAUUAUUAAUUUCAUUUUUAUGCAUGUUAUUUCAACACUGAUUCCCUUGUAUUAUUUCAUUCAUGUGGCCAAUUUGAAAUUGUAUAUCGAACAUUAUAAUUUUCAUUGUUGAUUCAUUUGAUGUGUUUCAUCCCACAGUCUCUGGUCACUAUGCAGUAAAGUAGCAAGCACAAACUGAAAUCAAAGGGAUAUAUUGGGGAUUUGUCAUAAACCCAUGCAACAGUGUUCUUACUCACUGUUGCAGCACAAUACAAACAUCAUGCUCAGGAUUAGAGAACACAGAAUAAAAAAAAAGAUUUAGCUGACAUCUAUUCAAAGUUGUUUCCAGUGUUUGACUGGUUUUAUUUAUUUGAUAGCAGUUAGUAAAAUGUAAGGUCACAUUUUUUUUCUUCAAAAGCCAUCUUUCUUUUUUAAUGGUACAGGAUAACAUGAUUGUCUGAAAUUGUGAUUUGUAUAUCAUAAGGUGUAAUUAUAUUUUGUCCUCCCAAAUAAAACAAAAAUCACAGUAAGA